AGUUUAAAUUGAAGGAAACCCAACUGAUCAAGUGAAGGGUAGCUAUCCAUAGGCAAAGACAUCAAGCAUGUGGGUACAAUACUACUAGUCUACUACUACUCAAUAUCAUGAUCCUUCCAAAUAUGUACGUUGAUUAUGCUUUAAGGGCAACCCAAACCCAAACCCCAUAAUCCCUUCCACGUAAAGCACCAUCUAUUCUAUAUAUAUCUACUUGAUACACACUUAGCAAAACUCUCUCCAUUUUCAUCUUCCAAAUACAAUCAAAUCAUUCCAAUUUGGGCUGACUCAUUUGGCCCUUAAAUUCAAAUAAGCCAAUCCAAAUAACAUCUUUAACGAACAUCCUCUUUCCAAUUCUCUAACAAAAUUAAAACUUUUAUGUAUGUGUGUUAUUAUAUAUGUCUCCUUCAUCCCAACAGCACCAAGGGUCCCCCUUCGCUUUCCCCUCACCCCCACUCCAAAUCACUCUUUAACCAUUUAAAAUGCUCAUUCAUUUCUCAACGUUUUUUACUACAAAAAGUUCAAGUAUGGACCAGCUAGAAGAACAACACACCAAAUCAGAUCCCCUACUAGAAUAUUCAGGCUUUUUAUCGACCGAGUCUCUGGACUAUUUCAGCAAUAAUGAGAAUGAAAUUUCUUGGCCUGAUGACCCACCGAUGAUGAAGGUAAAGGCAGAAAACAAAUUGUUGAGGGAAGAAGAUCAUGAUGAAGAGAUCAUGAAAAUUCGGCACGAGCUGGAGUUGGAUGUGGAGAGAGACUUGGAAGAAGAGAUUAAGGAAGGAAUUUACCAUCUUGCCCUCCGUUUGCAUAGGCUUCAUCAGCACCGGAAACAGAGGACUAAAAGAGAAUCUAAAAAUAAUAAUAAUAUUGGAGGGAGAUUAUUCGAAAAGGAAGAGACUUAUUCUGAGGUGAAUAUAAACAUAAAAAUGGAAGGAGGGACCAAGAUACAAAUUAAAGAGACCAAGAAAAAUGACAAUAAAAUUACUACAAAGCCUCAUGUUGUUAAUAAGAGUUAUAUUAAUGAUUCAAGAUCAUCACCAUCAUCAAAGAAACCAAAAAAGUUUGAUUGGAUUAAUAGUCUCCGAUCAGAUUCUGGUCCGGUGAUCAUGACUAAGAAAAUACAUGGAAACCAAGCUAGUAUGAUGAGUAAUAUUAACCACGGUGGUGGCGGCCACCGGCUGCAUAGGGGGGCUAUCAGCUUCAAUAACGACCGAGAACCACUUGAUUUGGGUUGGAAAAUUUGAGGUAGAUGAGUUGUACUGUUAUAUAUUUAUAAAUAUAUUAAUCGGUUUGAGUUUGAUAUAUAAGUUACUUAUAAAAAUAUGAUUUAGGUUUACUUAUUUGAAGUGGAUCAUAACAAUCUGACACGAUAGUGUUGUUGAGUUUUAUUGGUUAAUUUAUGUACGUAUAUAUACGACAUAUAUAUGCAUGGUAUUGUUGUAUAUAUAUUGUUCUCGAUCAGCAAUCGUUAUGAAUAUAUAAUAUGCAUGUUUGUUUUAUAUCAAUGUAUAUGUAUGUUAAUUACUUGGGAAAAUGAAAAGUGGAUCAAUUUUUAGUGAAA